AUGUCAUCAUCACAAAAUAAUAAUAAGGAUGAUGAUCCUUUACAUUUACACUCACCAAUACCAACCAAACCAUUAACACAACCACAACAUUCAUUUACAAAAUCAGAGUUAUCAAAAGAUUCUAAAAAAAUGCCGUCCCUUGUUGUAAAACAAGACCCUAAUUUAAAAUCAUGUUUAACAAAUACUUCACAAGCACUGAGUACUACAAAUCUAGAACAACAACAACCACUAGAACCACAACAAUCGAUAUUAGUUGAUCAUUUUGCUAAAACUAAUCAACAUCCACAAAUAGUAACUAAUGAUACAAUAUCUCCAAAUAUGCAUGGAUUAAUUGAACAACAACAGACUCCAGUAGUGAGUUCAAUUUCAUCACAGAUUACAAGUCCAGAAACACAACAAACUCAACAACCACCUGGAAUUUCUCGAAUUAAUUCAUUACGAUAUUCUGAACAAGAUGAUAAAAAAUUUAUAAGACAAUCUUCGUCUACAAAUAUACCUAUACCUAAAUUAGAUCAAUCCACAGAACAACUUAAUCCAUUCCAUGAAUAUUUAAAUGAUGAUAAUAAAUUACAUUUAUUAAUUGGUAUUACUGGAUGUAUAUCGAUAAAUAAGAAUAUUUUCCUAAUUAUUGAGAAAUUAUUUGAACUAUAUACUAAAGAGAAAUUAGAAAUACAGGUGAUACUUACUGAGAGUGCAGAGUACAUUCUCUCUGAGAAACUAUACAAAUUGGAGCAACUUGGAGUCAAGGUAUGGUUUCAUGAUGAUGGUGAAAAGUAUUUCUUAACUUCACCGUUCCAAAAAAUUUAUUCUAAAGCAAUUACAUCAGGUACAAUCCCACCAAAAUCAAAAAUUACACCUCAAGUGCUUCAACAAUAUUCCUUAGCUUAUGAUUUACAAAAAUGGACUGAUGUAUUAUUACUUGCUCCAUUAUCAGCAAACACAGUGGCAAAAUUAAUUAAUGGAUUAGCUGAUAAUUUAUUAACUGAUUUAUUACACAUUUGGCCAAUCCCACAUACUCAACCAACAAUAACGCAUGAUCAAAAAAACUCAAAUGUUAUAUCUAAUGAUUCUAUAAUUUCACCAAAACCAAUAAUUUCAGCACUUGCAUUAACUACAGCAAUGUACGGACAUCCAAUAACAAAAAAACAAUUGGGAUUAUUACAAGAAACUUAUCCAAACAUGUUAAUAUUAAAACCAGUAGAGAAAAUAGUAGAUAAUAAUGGAAAUAUAGGAAUGGGAGGAAUGAGAUCUUGGAGAGAAGUUGUAGAUUUUGUAUGUAAGAAAUUGGGCCCACCACCAGAAGAAGAAGAAAAUGAUGAUGAUGAAGAAGAUGAGAAAGAGGAAGAAAAUGAUAAGAAACCCACAAAAAAGUUGGAGAUAUCACAUCAAGAUGAAAAAUUACCUCCAAUUAUAAAUGAAAGUAGAAAAGCCAGUAUUGAGUUCCAUGAGAACUUAAAAGAUUUGGUUAAUAUUAGAGAAGAACCAGAAUAUGCUAAACAUGAAGAAAGGAAAAGAGGUAAUACUAUAAGUAGAAAAGAGUUGGAAGAGCAUGAAAAAUUAGCUAGUCAAAAUGCAAUUUUAAAUUCAAAUAUUGGAAUAACUCCAACAUCAAUAAAGGAAUGA